AUGCGUGCGGUCCUCCUGAGCCUCGGUGCAUGGGCAUCCGCCCAGCAGAUUGGAACCCAUGAGCAAGAGGAACAUCCCGCGAUGGCCCUCUGGACCUGUGAUGCUGCAGGUUGCUCGAAAGAGAUGAAGUCCCUAGUGCUCGAUGCGAACUGGCGCUGGCUCCACAAUGGCGAGUACACGAACUGCUACAAGGACGGCGACUGGGACAAGACCUUGUGCUCCGACCCCAUCACAUGCGCCUUGAAUUGUCACAUGGAGGGCAACUCGGAGGAGUCUUACAAGAGUACCUAUGGAAUCAAGGCUAUUGAGGAUGGCGUCGAGCUGGGCUUUGUCACCACCACCAAGUACGGAUCUAACUAUGGCUCUCGGGUCUACAUGCUGGAUGACGAGAACAACUAUCAGAUGUUCAAGCUCAAGAACAGGGAGUUCACGCUGACGGCAGACAUGAAAAAGAUGCCAUGCGGCCUGAAUGGCGCAGUGUACUUUGUGGAGAUGGACGCAGAUGGUGGGAAGGCUCGGAGUGGGGGGACCAACGCAGCCGGGGCCAAGUAUGGUACGGGCUACUGUGACGCACAGUGCCCACAUGAUAUGAAGUUCAUGAACGGCAAGGCCAAUACCAUCGGCUGGAACGCUAGCCACGACCCUCCCAUCGGAUCCUGGGGCAUCUGCUGUGCAGAGAUGGAUAUCUGGGAGGCUAACAGCCGUGCCACCGCCUACACACCGCACCCGUGCUCCAUCACCGGUCCAUACGUCUGUUCGGGCACCGAGUGCGGUGACAACUCCGCGGAUGAGCGCUACGACGGUGUUUGCGACAAGGACGGCUGCGACUACAACCACUACCGCCUCGGCGACAAGGAGUACUAUGGACGUGGCAGGGGCUUCACCGUCGACUCCAAAAAGAAGGUGACUGUUGUCACGCAGUUCAUCACUGAGGGCAACACGGAUGAUGGAGACCUCAUCGACAUUCGGCGGUUCUAUGUGCAGGAUGGGCGGGUCAUCCCAAACUCCAACAUCUCCAUUGCAGGCAUGACCGGAGAUUCUGUCACAGACGCCACCUGUGCGGCAAUGAAGACAGCCUUCGGAGACAUCAACGACUUCGCGCGCAAGGGUGGCCUCAAGGCUAUGGGGGAAGCCUUGCAGCGAGGCAUGGUGCUUGUCAUGUCACUCUGGGACGACUCAGACGCCAACAUGCUCUGGCUGGACGCGGACUACCCGCUGGACAAGGAUCCGAGCUUUCCCGGUGUGAACAGAGGCCCGUGCAGGACGGACACUGGUGUUCCCGCCUACCUUCGUGAAAAGCAGCUUGUGCAGCGGUUCAGCCGUUCGUCUUUGUAUCCUCGUGCCCGAGUGCGAUACAGCAAAAUCAAGGUUGGCACCCUGGGCUCAACCUUCGGGGCAGGGGGCGACGAGGAGGACGAGGACGACGACAUCUACGGUGACGACAGGCGGCUGAAUGAGGUGCACAUCUAA